AUGGCAGGAUAUUGGGAAGUUUGUGACAUUUUGUUUCCCGAGAACAUCACAGCCGUAUUGUCUUCCACUUCAUGCGAGACUAGCCUCGCAGUACAGUCGUUAGUAGAGACAUUUCAAAUUCCUCACGUAGAGGUCCCGCGAGAGAAAUGCGCCGUUGAGCGCCAGAAUGGGUUUAGUGUUAGCAUACGUCCCGAUUACUCGCAUAUUAGUCGUGCCACGUUGGAUUUGAUGUUACGACUCGGAUGGAAACAAGUUAGUAUUUUCUACGACUCAGACACAGCAUACAAGAAUGUUGAAGAUUUAUUACUUCUGUCGGCGGCACUGACUCAAACUUACCCUCCUCACUUCCGGUUGUUCCGUCUCAAGAAGAACGUGGCCACUGGCAAGCUUGAUUUUGUCCACCCACUUCAUACUGUCAAAGAUUCCAAGACCUUUAACAUGGUAGCAUACUGCAGUACCAUGAAUAACAUCAAGUUAAUCAGAGAGGCUGCCACGUUUGGGAUGACCACCGGAGAAUAUCAUUGGAUAGUUGCAUCACACGAAUGGAGUAAUGCAUUCGGUCAGCCCCUUGCGGAGAGGUUCAUUCGAUACAAUGAGGAACCCCUUGACGAGUUCAAGUUCUUCAACGGUUCCAGGGGUAUCUUGACCCUGCUAAAACAGAGAGUAAAAAUUGAUCCGACACGGGAAGAUUUCUACCAAGCUUGGUUGACCCUUGACCCGGAACUUGAAGCGCAGCUUGAAGAAAACGCAACAGAAAUUAUGCCAGAUUAUCUACAGCCCAUCGAGUAUCACAAAGCCUACCUAUACGAUGCUGUGAGGGCGCUGGCUGUUUCCAUCUCAGAUGUGGUUAGCAGGGGACGGUUUGUUGAACCCGAAAUCUAUCGUUGCAAUGAAAACCCACAUCGAAAUACAAGAGGCUCUAACCGUCUCAAAAAGGCAUUGAAUAAGGUUGAAACGGAAGGCAUGAUGGGAAUGAUUCAGUUCAAUCGAACAGGUUACAACGAAGAGGUCGCUAUUGAUAUCAUCAGCGUGGAAGGAAGAAACAACGAUACCAAAGCGUGGCAGAUUGGAUCGUGGGACUACGAGUCGAAACUCACUCUGGAUCAGUUCCCAUUCAUCAGAAGAUAUGAUGAGUUCCACAACAAAACAUUUAACAUCGUAACUAUUGAGGAAGCGCCAUUUGUAACGCUAGAGGAAACUGUCAACGGGCCCAAGUACACAGGCUUCUGCAUCGAUAUGUUAGAAAAGAUUGCUGAGAAGCAGAACUUCAAAUACAAUCUAUACCUCGUAUCUGAUAACAAAUAUGGCGGACGAAACGAAGAUGGGCGAUGGAACGGAUUGGUAGGGGACGUAUACUACGGGAAAGCAGACAUGGCGGUUGCUGGGAUGGUAAUUAACUCUGAUCGAGAAAACGUCGUUGAUUUUACAAAGCCUUACAUGAAUUACGGCGUCGGAAUAUUACUAAGAAAACCUCAGAAGAAAUCAAAUGUCUUUGCUUUUCUGGAACCACUUGAUAUAAAGGUUUGGGGUUGUGUCCUGGCGUCUCUGUUCGUGGUCGGAUUCCUCAUUUUCAUCUUAGAUCGUCUUAGCCCAUACAGUGCUUAUGGGAAGGGUGGUCCCGAGUGCGAUGAAGCAGAUGACUUCAACCUUCUCAACAGUCUCUGGUUUGCCUUCGCUUCAUGUCUUCAGCAAGGAGGUGACAAUACACCAGUGUCAGUAUCGGGUCGGAUGUUGAGUGCAUUCUGGUGGUUUUUCGCCCUUAUCAUCAUCGCCACCUACACGGCGAACCUUGCGGCCUUCUUGACCGUCACCCGGAUGGAGAACCCUAUCAACUCCUUGGAGGAUUUAGCUAAUCAGAACAAGAUUGUCUACGGUACCAUCGAGAACAGUAGCCUUCACAGGUUCUUUGAAAAGAGGAAAAACCAAGUCACCUACGAGCGGAUGUGGGACUUCAUGUCAUCGAGUUCUGUGAGUCCUUGGGUGCCUUCGGACAAGGCAGGUUACCAACGAGUCCAGAACGAGGACUAUGCCUUCUUUUGGGACGCACCGAUCUUAGACUACAUAAAGCAGACAGAGUGUGACCUCAUGACUGUUGGGAAACCGUUCAACCUCAAGGGAUAUGGCAUUGCCACGCCGCAGGGGGCGGCCUACAGGGAUAACCUUUCCGUUGCUAUCCUCAAGCUCCAGGAAGAAGGGAUCCUCGAAGGAAUCCGCAAGAAGUGGUUCGAAAGGGAAUCAAUCUGCCCUGAGGAAAUUGUCAACAACAACCCCAACACUAAGGCCUCGGCCAUCGGCCUCUCCAAGAUAGCAGGAGCCUUCUACGUCCUCAUCAUCGGUGCUGUUCUCUCGUUCAUCGCCGUCAUCGUCGAGCACAUGUGGCAUCGGCCGCCGUCGUUCUACAAGCGGAAGCGACAGAUGGAGGCGCGCAAAGCCAAAGAAAAGGAUUGGAGUGAAAAACUUCCAUCAUCAAGAAAUAAUGGUUCAGCUAUGCAGGAAAACAAUAGCAAGCAUAUGGUUGUACAAGAGAGUGAGAGUAUGGUGUUACAACCUUUAAGACCAACACCAUGGAGCACGACAGAAAGUUCGUGCUAACACAGAUCUUUGACUACACUGCACAAAAUAAUAGCUACAACUGUACAUCUCGACAAAUCAAACAUUUCCGAUGAAUCUACAUUGGACAAGAUUUUUAUAAAUGCGAGUAUUGCAAUGAAAGCCAAAUGGUGAUUAUUUUAGUGGAAAAUUUGCAAGAAGCCAUUUUAUUGGAAUAUGUCCAUGAUUGUGUGGGGUUAUUCGAAUCGGAAGGAGCUCGAACUCGGAUAUGAAGGGUUCCUUGAGUUGAAGGCUUCAUGCAACGAAGGUUAACCAUAUUUUUCUAUAUAUUCUUGAAGCAUCAGUAUCGUGAAACAGCGAAUGAGUUCAUCAGAGAUAGCUGGACAUCUUUAGUUAUAUUUUAACCAGCGAUCUUGAUUGACAAUUUGAAUACGGUUCCCGAUCGUUGAAUUCUGCACUCAGCAUCAUAUCACGGUUGGGAUGGUGUUUCCUAUGGUGUAAGUUACGAUGCAUGGGUGACACUAUAUAUUUCAACUUUUAUCUAAUAUGAAUUCCUUGCACUCGAUGUGUAGAGCAGUGAUGGAAUCAACUUUUCUGCAGUCUUCAUAGAUGCGUGAAAUGGGGAAGGGCUAUAGAAAGACAUCUAUCCACGAAUCUGAACGCAUUCUCGAAGCUCAGAAGCGGCACAAAGUCAGCAUGUGGAAUAUUUUUGUCUCUCGAAAUUUUAGAACACCUUGUCUUGAGAUGAUCAUGCAGUGUUAUUUGCAAUGGAGAAAUUAUUAUUGCAGAUAUUUGAAUUCGUACUCAGACGUGGAGUAAGGGUGAACCAUAUUGGCUUUGACGCUGCUACCACGAUUGUAACCCUCUAAAUGCUAUUAACGUGAUUAAAGGAUGAUUUUUUUUUUCUUUUUCGUAUUAUUACCGGUUAAAAACGGUCGUAUAUAUCAAUGAAUUGUAUAACCAACACAGAUAUGAUGCAAUAUAUAUAUGCGUUGUAAAUUGUUUCCUUUUUAUCAGAAUAUGAAUAGUUUUGUAUUGCUAAUAUUUAUCAGAUCUAUACUGUAACGUGCGUUCGAUUCUGUUCUCUUUUACGCCGGUGUGGAAUGAUUGCCAAAUGAUAUACCCUUUCAAAUUCUGUAUACGUGGCGUGUCUUAAUUUAUGAUAAAACUUGUCUGUGUAUCACGUGAUAUCUAUGUCUUUCCUUUGUAUUUCAUUUAUGAUUAUGAUAGCUAAAUUGAGGCAUUUGAACACUAUAUGAGCAGAUCUUCACGUCAGUACGGAGCGUGGUGGUAUGGAUUGAGGCUUAUAGUUACAUCAGCGAAACGGACUCCAGGUCCAGGGGCCCAUUUCAUGAAACUUGUUAUGAUAACAAAUUCGCUGUAACAGUUAAAGCUAUUGAAAUCCUUCAAUCCGAUUGGUUAUUUUGUUAUAACAAGGCUUCAUGAAACUGGACCCUGAUCGAACGAAGUUUCACGUUAAUACCAUUGACAUACCAUCGAUUGGAUUUGAGUCAAUUUCGUUGGUGUAACUGCAGCACAAAUCCGUCAAAAGUCCUCUUCCGUAGGUAAAUCUCAUUUUAUGCUUGUGACAAAAUCUUUAUAGGUCCAUUUUAUGGAAGACAAUUACUCUAUGAUUUUGACCAAAAAUGUAUAAAUGGGCUGCCAAAUGUUACACAAAAUACGUAGCCGCAGAUAUUUGAUUUAUUUGAUAAUUCACAAUUAUUUGGAAUUAUAAGUAGAGAGUUUGCUAAACUCCGGUAUUGAAGUAUUUGCAUGCAUUUUAAAGAAACAUAAGGUAUAACACGUAAACAAAGUUUCUAAAAAAAAACAUGCUUAGUCAUACUAUUUCCUCGCCUCAUUCGUAUAAAAUAAUGCGGACUAUUUUUGAAUUCAUGAACGUCAUUUUUAUGCUAAUCCGGAUUUUGAGGGUGAAUUCAUGAUAGAGGUAUUUACAACCAGAUCGAGGCCAUGGUUAAAGCCAGGGUAACACCAAAACCGAAUUCUCCCGAAUAAAUUCGGACCGAUUCAGCCAGAAUACGGCCUGACUCGGAUGAACUGUGUGGAUUCAGAACCUAUUAUUCGUAUCUGAUUCGGGGAGCUCCCCGAAUCAGAGUACACGUAUUCGGGAGUACCUAUUCUGUUCUCCUUCCCCGAAUGCGAGAAAAUUUGUGCAGGGAUUUGGCUUGUUUUGAAAUGUUCAAAACCAGCCGAACUCCCUCCAAAGUACUCCCGAAUGUUGUCACGAAAAAUUUAAUUUGGGCCGUAUUCGAAUUGAAUUCGGUUGGAUUUUCAUGAUUCUGGGAGGCAUUUCAGUUAUUCUGGUGGUCAAUUCUUGGCGGUUCUGCUCUGAUUUGGGACCUAUUCCGGACCUAUUCGUCUCUGACGCGGGGUGAUUCUGUUCCGGUGUAACCCUAGCUUUAUCUUUAACUACAGAAAUUUAGUAUUAAAUAAUCUUCCUCUUACGAAAUAAUUUGACGGUCUUGUGAGUGUGUAUAAGUGUGUGUAUUUUAAUCAAUUAAACACACAUUUUUACGAUGAGGUCUAUUAAUGUAACAAUUUUUGGUCAGUAGAUAAACAUCAUUUCCGUGGGGGGGGGUAGGAGAUACAAGUCUUUGCACAAUAAAGGGAUGAAUUUUUCUUAAUAACUUUCUUUUUCGAAGCAUCUUACAAUCUGGUCCGGACAGGAAGAAUUGCAGUAAAAACACAAAUGUAAUCAAAUCAAUUUUCUGUACACACAAUCAAUGUACAGGUCAUCACUAGUGAUUAAAAUUUGUAUACAGAUGUAUGGCUUGUAGAUCUUGCUUUCAAUUUUGUUUUCAAUUUUUCAGCAAUCAGGCGGGCUCCUGAUAUGGGCUACGAAAAAUUGAAAAACAAAAUAAUGAAUUAAGAGUGGUGGCGAAGUCAAAUUGAUUACAAUGUAUUAUUGUUUCAAUGUUUGAUGAUACUUGAUGAAUUGCAUUGUAUAUGAUGUAUACAUGUUGUGGAGAAGCAGCUUUUGGAUUUUCACAUCCAGUGUUGGCGCCAGAAUAUUUUGAUAGGAGGGGCGAGACGACCUACAUGUAAACGUGACGCCACACAUUUUAUCAAGUGAUAUUAAAAGGGGUAGUCCUUU